AUGCUUGCAUAUGGAUGCUCGGCAUACUCCAUCGACGAGUACUGUAGAUUGGGUGAAUCUACAACCCCUGAAUGUUUGCGAAAGUUUUGUUCUGUUAUUGAAGCCGUGUAUGGUCAGUGGUACCUCCGUUCCCCAAAUUCGGCUGACCUUUACAGGCUCUUGCACAAGGCUAGUAGCAGAGGAUUCCCAGGCAUGUUAGGCAGUCUUGACUGCAUGCAUUGGGAAUGGAAGAACUGCCCUACUACUUGGGCAGGCCAGUUUACCGGCUACAAGCAUAAGCCAACUGUCGUUCUAGAAGCAGUGGCCUCGUAUGACACUUGGAUAUGGCAUGCCUUUUUUGGAGUUGCCGGAUCAAACAAUGAUAUCAACGUUCUAGCUCAAUCCCCGUUGUUCAAUGAUGUAGUGAAUGGAGUGUCUCCCCAUAUCCAAUAUGUUGUCAAUGGAAAUGAAUAUAAUCAGGGUUAUUACUUGGUUGAUGGUAUCUACCCUCGUUGGGCUACAUUGGCUUAUAGGAAGGAUGUCGAAAGAGCCUUCGGAAUACUUCAGGCUCAAUAG